AUGCGUUCUUCAAUCUAUCUCUUCACCUUGCUUGUCGGGCUUCUUCCCGCGGCACGGGCAGUCGUCCUUGCGGACCCGACUCUAAUGAUCAACGGAGUCACAUUUCCGACGAGAGCACACUGGAUGCGCCAAGCAAAUGAGGCAUUGAGCGAAAUCAGCGGCUCCCCUUGUCCCUUUGCGGCUUUUGGGACAGUCAUUGUCAAUCAUACUGCCUCUGACACAGGCGAAGUCAUUUGCAUGGGUGUCAAUGAGAAUUCAAAGACCGGGAACCCUUCUCUUCAUGGAGAAAUGUCAGCUAUCAAGAAUUGUACGGCGAUUUUGACCGAUUCGCAUGGCAAAUAUCGCAUGACUGCUUCCGAGGCGGAGGAUGCGUUCGCCGACCUAACACUAUAUACAAACGCUGAGAGCUGCCCGAUGUGCGCUUCUGCAAUCCGAUGGGCAGGAUUUCGGGAAUACGUCUAUGGGACUUCGAUCGAUACAUUGAUUCAGAAAGGUUGGGGUCAGAUCCGUAUGCCUUCGAUACAAAUCUUCGAAGCCUCCUUCGACCUUCCGACCCAAUCACGGUUGAUGGGUAAUGUUCUCAUUAACGAGACUGAUCCUUAUUUCCUGUGGCAGUACGACCCGACAUACCCGUGUCCCCAUGGUUGUUCGCGUACCAGUGAUGGGACAAGUUGCGAGGCUUCCUCUUAG